GAGAUGUCAAGGACACCUGGCUGGGAGGAAAACGACUAGAUUCAUGUGAAAGGCAGCACAGGCAAGGACCUUUGUGCCACGUGUGAACUGUGAAAUUGAUUAACAUUUCAGAUAUUAAUACCAGAGUAGUAGUAGCAGCUGCCAUCUUUAUGCUAUUAUGCAAGCUGACUACAGAAAUUGAAUGUAAGAGGGUGUAGUUUUCACUUCUUUAAUCAAAUCAGUUUACUGGGGAAUUGGGAAGAAAUAGGGUCUUGUAAUUAUCAUGGCCUACAUCUACAAGUCACUUGCAGGAUGAGCGCAAGGCUUGUGCAAGCUGAAUUGCAUAGCCCUUCUUGAACACUAAAACUAGUGCACAAAUCCACUGCUAUAUAAUCGCUAAAAGCGAUUUAUUAUAUUCAAAUUUUAGAAACUUGUUAGACUCACUGGUUGCCAUUGCUGACCAUCAGUAGAACCUGUGUUCUGCUGCUGUUUUGGUUACUUGCAGUAAGUUAGAAUUUUUAGCUGCAGGCUGGAUUGGAGCAGCCAGGGGAUGGGCCCAAGGGGAAUUUCCUGCCCCACCGAUACCUGCGGGCACAGCUGUGGGGCAGCUUUCCAGAGAGCUGUGCUUAUGCAGAAUGCCUUCGGGACUCCCAACACUUGGCUAACGUAACAGACGUUAAGACACCAGCAUUAUUUUAUCUAGAAUAUUUAUUAUACUGUAUGCUCAUAGCAUAAAUUUAGGACGGAUGUUAUGUAUUUAAAGCCAUUUGUACGGUUCAAUAAAGCGAUUCGCGUACAAAACGCCGCAUUGUGAAAAUGGUGCUGCACGGAGGUAGCAGGGCGAGGGCGGGAUCCCGCCCCGAGCUCCGGCAAUGGCGAUGCCGCCGGGAUGCGCGCAGCCAACAAAGGCGGCCGGGCCGAGCAGCGCCGGGGCCGCGGGGCCGUGCGGGCGGUGCCGGCAGCGGCAGCGGCAGCGGGAGGAACGGCAGCGCCGCUCGGGACACGGUUCCCGGCCCCAGCCCACCUGCGGGGUGACCCCGCCGGGCCCAGGCGCGGCGGCCGCGGCAGCGGCGGAGGGGCUGAGCAGCCAGAGCUGGCAGCGGGUGGCUCCUCCCGUCCUUUGUUGGCCUGGAGCCGCAGCGGCGGCCGCGGGCGCAUCUCCCCGGCUGCCCUUCGAGGCCCGGGGCGCUCGGGCACGGGGAGAGCCCGGCGGGCCCGGGCAGCAUCUCUCCGGCGCGGGGGAGAUCGGCCCCGGCGGCCGGCGCGGUUCUGCCGCCGGCGCCGCUCGGGAACAUCCCCGGCCCGUCCGGGCUGCGGGAGGCCGCGACCCGGCCCGGCCCCGCGGCGCUCGGCGGCCCCGCAGCCUCCCCGCCCCCGGCACUCUCCAGGGAGCCGUUCCACACGGAAUCACACGGGAGCGUCUCCCCAUCUGUGCCGCCGAGCACCCCCACCCCCACCGCCCAGCCCCGCAGCCUCCUGCCAUUAUGUUCCUCCGACGCGGGGCCGGGCCGCGCCGCGGGCCGUAGCCCUGCCCGAGCCCGCCGGCUCCGGCCGCAGCAGGUGUGUCGCAUGGGGACCGGAGGUUGCAUGCUAUGGGGUCGCUUCCUCCCGGCCCGGCUGCGGCCGGAGCCCCGCGGGUACCCGAGCAGGGGCUGCCCGGGCCGGCGGCUCCGGGCCGGCCGGGCGGGGGCGGAUCGCUCUCCCCGCCGCCGAAGGGGCCACGGCCUCUCCUCCCCGGCCGUCCCCAGGGCUCGCAAGGCCCGCUCGGCCAGGGCCAGCUCGGGCCGGCAGCGCGCAGACCCGCGGGGAGGUGCCCAGGGCCGCGGCAGCCCGGAGGAGGGAGCGGCCCCCCGGACCGAGGGGCCGCGGGAGGGCCGGCCGCGGUGCGGCCGCCGCAGCCUGUGCGGGGAAGACGGGCCGAGGCUGCGGAAGAGCAUGGUGGUUCUCCCCAGAACGGGGUGGGGAUGAGGGAUGCGAAGAAGGUGUCUCCGCAGGGAGGGGUGCAGGGUUGUGCCCGAGACCUCUGUCAAUUGCAGGUGCAGCCAGGGCAGAAAGGCUCUGCCGGGGUCGCCCACCCGCCCGGAGGGAGCCCUGCAGAGCAGCAUCUCCCGCAGCCUCCGAGAGGAGGGGGUUUCAGCGCGUAGGCGGAGGUGGUUACUGGUGCUCCCAGAGCAAGGAUUUGCUUACAGUCAAAUACAUGGCCAUGGGGGAUAUGAAGACCCCGGAUUUCGAUGACCUGCUUGCAGCCUUUGACAUACCAGACAUGGUGGAUCCCAAAGCAGCUAUUGAAUCUGGACACGAUGACCACGAAAGCCACAUAAAACAGAACGCACAUGCGGAUGAAGACUCCCAUGUCCCAUCAUCGUCCGACGUUGGGGUGAGCGUCAUUGUGAAGAAUGUGCGCACUAUUGAUUCUUCCGAAGGGCUGGAGAAGGACGGCCACCAUUCCACGGGCAAUAGCUUGCACAACGGCUUCCUGACAUCAGCAGCUCUCGAGAGUUACAGUAAAGACGAAGGGAAAUCACUUAAAGAUGAUGGCUCAGCUUCUGAGACUGCACUGAAGGAUUCAGCUUUCAACCAGUUCAGCCCAAUAUCAAGUGCAGAAGAAUUUGAUGAUGAUGAGAGAAUUGAGGUGGAUGACCCCCCAGAUAAAGAGGAGAUGCGUGCAAAUUUCAGAGCAAAUGUCUUGGCAGGAUCUCUAUCUCAGCAGGAAUAUGACAAACUAAAGGCACUUGGAGGGGAGAACUUAAUUAAAUCUGGAAUCGCUCAUUCAAGUAGUAUAGAUAAAAAUAAAACUGCUAAACGAGAGUCGGAGACAAACUCCAUGAAUUUAGGUGUCUAUGAGCCUUUUAAAACUAGAAAAACAGAGGACAAGUUACUAAAAGACAAUUCUGAGAAGCUUCUUGAAAACAGGGUACUUGAUGGAAAACUGAGUACUGAAAAAUGUGACACAAAUCUUGCCAGCAUUUCCCAGUCCAAAGCAAAGUCAUCAGCAAAGCUUUCAUCCUGCAUUGCUGCAAUUGCAGCACUGAGUGCUAAAAAGGCAGCUACAGAUAGCAGUAAAGAUUUGCAGUCUAAUUCAGGGGAGUCUUCUCCAUUACCAAAAGACAUGAGUGAAAGUCCCCGGGCUAUUGAAAAAUCUCCUGAGCCUCAGAGUCUCAUCGAUGGUGCUAGGAAGCCGCCUGUCAAGCCGCCCGAUAGUCCCAGAAGCGUCUCGAGUGAGAACAGCAGCAAAGGGUCGCCGUCCUCUCCCGCAGGGUCAACACCAGCAAUUCCUAAGGUUCGCAUAAAAACCAUCAAGACUUCUUCUGGGGAGAUCAAGAGAACUGUUACUAGGGUGUUGCCAGAAGUAGAUUUGGACUCUGGUAAAAAGCCAGAGCAGAGUGCUUCCAUGGUAACAUCCAUGACAUCUCUCCUGUCCUCACCAGCUUCCGCUGCUGUUCUCUCCUCUCCUCCCAGAGCUCCUCUGCAGUCCUCAGUUGUCACCAAUGCAGUUGGAUCUGCAGAGCUUGCCCCCAAACAGGUCACUAUCAAACCCGUGGCUACUGCCUUCCUGCCGGUUUCAGCAGUGAAGACAGCAGGCUCCCAGGUGAUCAAUCUGAAGCUGGCUAACAACACCACGGUGAAAGCCACUGUCAUCUCUGCCGCGUCCGUGCAGAGCGCCAGCAGCGCCAUUAUCAAAGCUGCCAACGCCAUCCAGCAGCAGACGGUCGUGGUGCCAGCCUCCAGCCUUGCCAGUGCCAAACUUGUGCCAAAGACAGUCCAUCUUGCCAACCUUAACCUUUUGCCUCAGGGUGCUCAAACCACCUCUGAACUGCGCCAAGUGCUAACAAAACCCCAGCAGCAAAUCAAGCAGGCAAUAAUUUCUGCAGCUGCCUCCCAGCCUUCGAAAAAAGUGUCUCGAGUGCAGGUGGUGUCGUCUCUGCAGAGCUCUGUAGUGGAAGCGUUCAAUAAGGUGCUGAGCAGUGUCAAUCCUGUGCCAGUUUACAUCCCAAACCUUAGCCCCCCUGCCAAUGCCGGAAUCACGCUCCCAACACGAGGUUACAAGUGUUUGGAGUGUGGCGACUCCUUUGCCCUGGAGAAGAGCCUGACCCAGCACUAUGACAGGAGGAGUGUGCGAAUUGAAGUGACUUGUAAUCACUGUACAAAGAACUUAGUUUUCUACAAUAAAUGCAGUCUCCUGUCCCACGCUCGUGGGCACAAGGAGAAAGGCGUCGUGAUGCAGUGUUCGCACCUGAUCCUAAAGCCAGUCCCAGCAGAUCAGAUGAUAGCAUCUCCUUGCAGCAGUGCUGCAGCGGGCGUGCUGCAGAGCCCGGGGGCAGCUGGCACGCACUCGCUGACCAAGGUCCAGCCUGGCUUAACCGGCACGGUGAUCUCGGCCCCGGCCAGCUCUCCCGUCGUUCCAGCCAUGCCGCUCGACGAGGAUCCGUCCAGGCUCUGCAGGCAUAGCCUAAAGUGUUUGGAGUGCAAUGAAGUUUUCCAAGAUGAGACAUCUCUUGCAACUCAUUUCCAGCAGGCCGCAGACACAAGUGGACAAAAGACAUGCAAUAUCUGCCAGAUGCUGCUUCCUAACCAGUGCAGUUUUGCAUCACACCAGAGAAUUCAUCAGCAUAAAUCUCCAUACACGUGUCCUGAAUGUGGAGCAAUCUGCAGAUCUGUCCACUUCCAGACCCAUGUCACUAAGAACUGCCUGCAUUACACCCGAAGAGUUGGGUUUCGCUGCCUGCACUGCAACGUUGUGUACUCUGACGUGGCAGCACUCAAGUCUCACAUUCAAGGUUGUCACUGUGAAGUCUUUUACAAGUGUCCCAUCUGCCCCAUGGCAUUUAAAUCUGCUCCCAGCACACACUCCCAUGCCUACACACAGCACCCGGGUAUCAAGAUAGGCGAACCAAAAAUAAUAUAUAAAUGCUCUAUGUGUGACACUGUGUUUACUCUGCAACCUUUGCUCUAUCGCCACUUUGAUCAGCACAUUGAAAAUCAGAAGGUGUCUGUUUUCAAGUGUCCAGACUGUUCUCUUCUGUAUGCACAGAAACAGCUUAUGAUGGAUCAUAUCAAGUCUAUGCAUGGAACUUUGAAAAGUGUUGAGGGGCCACCAAACCUGGGGAUAAAUCUGCCUCUCAGUACUAAACCCACAACUCAAAACUCAGCCAGUCAUAACAAGGAGGACAUAAAAUCUGUGAAUGGAACAGAAAAGUUGGAGAAGAAAUCACCUUCUCCCAUAAAGAAAGCAGAAGCUAAAAAAGUGGCUAGUCCUGGCUGGACAUGUUGGGAGUGUGACAGACUCUUCACUCAGAGAGAUGUUUACAUCUCCCACAUGAGGAAAGAACAUGGAAAGCAAAUGAAGAAACAUCCUUGUCGGCAGUGUGACAAAUCUUUCAGUUCAUCCCAUAGUUUAUGUCGGCACAAUCGUAUCAAGCACAAAGGCAUUAGGAAAGUUUAUACGUGCUCGCACUGCCCAGAUUCAAGACGUACUUUUACCAAGAGGUUGAUGUUGGAAAAACACAUUCAGUUGAUGCACGGGAUUAAAGACCCUGAUGUGAAAGAAAUGACUGAAUCUGCCAAUAUGGAAGAAAGGGAAGUAAAAGAAGACACAAAGGUUCCUAGUCCAAAGCGUAAAUUGGAAGAACCCAUAAUGGAGAUUAGACCUCCACGAGGUGCAAUCACUCAGCCGUUAAAGAAGCUGAAGAUAAAUGUUUUUAAAGUUCACAAGUGUGCAGUUUGCGGCUUUACAACAGAAAAUCUUCUGCAGUUUCAUGAACAUAUUCCUCAGCAUAAAUCUGAUGGCUCUUCGUACCAAUGCAGGGAAUGUGGACUCUGCUACACAUCUCACGUGUCCCUUUCCAGACACCUGUUCAUUGUACAUAAGCUGAAGGAGCCCCAGCCAGUAUCCAAGCAGAAUGGGUCUGGGGAGGAUAAUCAGCAGGAAAACAAGCCCAGUCCCGAGGAUGACUCGUCCGACAGCGCGGCGUCGGACAGGAGGUGCAAAGUGUGCGCAAAGACUUUUGAAACUGAAGCGGCCUUAAACACUCACAUGAGAACACAUGGCAUGGCCUUCAUCAAGUCCAAAAGAAUGAGUUCAGCUGACAAGUGAUCAGAUUGUUUGGGAUGCAGAAAUCUCACUCCACAUUGGAAUACUAAUGACAUUUUUGCUACAGAAAGUUCAAGGUAUAAUAGUGUUAACAGUACUGUUCAGGCUGUUGCAAUAUAUUCUGCAUAAAAGUAUCCCCUUCACCUCAUUGUCUAUACCCUCAGAACCAUUGAAGCAGUAUUUGGGUUGAAAAGAGUUUGUAUAUAUUUAAACUAAUAAUUUUUAUACUCUUUUGUUAUGUGUUUGUAUCGGUAUCUAGUGGAAGAAUUGGGUUUUUUUCUGUUUUGGUUCUGUUCUUUUGUACUAAGUUUCUUUAAAACAGAGUUCUGAAUGCUGGGGCAGUUCCUUAGGUUCUCUUAAGGUGUUAGGUUUUUAAAUGCUUCUGAAAGAAGGUUUAGCUAAUGGAAGUGCAUCAGGAGGAGGUGCUAGGAGGGGAGAGGAGAGAGGAAGUAAGCUAAGGGGAGAUUUUAAAUUCUAAAGAACUUGGGCUUCCAAAUGUCUAAGGAAGCUUUUAAACUUUUUCUUACAAAAUAUAUUAUAUUAAAAAAAAAAUAAAAGUACCACUGCAUGUGUAAAAUUAAGUGCUGUUUUUUAGGUGCCAACACCAGAACAGGUGUAGACCCCCUGAAGUGGUAAAGUACUUCUGAAGAGUAUAAAUGCACAAUUCUUGAGUAUCAUGAAGUGAUUUUUUUAGGUCAUCAGGUGCUCGUGAUCAAAGCUCAAAUUGUUAAAAAAGGACUGGGCUGCUCUGGAUUUAAGAAAUAAGAGGUAAUUAGAGGAUUAGGUUUAUAAUGAUUAUGUUUUUUGUCAUGUAAUUUAUUAAACAUAUAGAAGUGAGUACACAGCAUUAUGUAUUUUCCUUGCUGGUUAUUGAAAGGAAAUAGUUGAUCCUUGCUACAGGGGUUGGGAUUUGCCAGCUCCACACGAUCAUGCCAAACGUUCUGGUGCUCAGUGUCACACACAGCCACAACUGGGAAGGAGCCAGCCCCAGCCAGGACUGGGACUGGGGCGUGCAGCUUUAGCACAGGCCCUGCAGAGCUCAGCAGACAUUGCAAACUCCUGUCCAGCACCACUAGUUUUGCUUGCACAAGUACAAAAAGGUACCAUACUGUCCCUUUCAGAUAGAGUUCUCUGUGAGAGUAUAUUUUUAGUUUGUUUUUGCAUUUUAUACCUUGUAUGUAACCCUACAAAAAUUUUUGUACUUUUUUUUAAAACAAAUUGUGUAUAUAUAGGUAGCUGCAUGAUAAACAGUAGUAAUUGUUGGGUUCCUUAUAAGUCUUGCUGCUGUCAGGUGUUACUAUACACUAUGUCCAUUACGACUGUAUUAAACACAUUUCAUAUGUAAAUAAAUGUGGAGCAUUUUGCCCCAAAAGAUUUGUGAGAUUCUGUUAUUUAUCAUUAAAUUUUAAUAGUUUUAAAAUUUGAAGUGUUUAAAAAAAAUGGAUCCUCUCAGCCAUCUUUGUAAAACUUAAUCGUUCUGGCAAUUGUGUAUCAGAUACAUUAGUCCUGCUCUUUUCAUCCUCAUUCCUAAUUUGGCUCCUGGGUAGAUGCUUGUUAUUCCAUUGAUAUUACUGGCAUAUCAAGUGCUUGUGAGGUCCUUCAUCCUACAGUGUGUGGCGGGCACAGCAGCUCAGUGUGUGCCACCACUGCCCUUCCCAUUUCGUGGAUACCUCUGAACACUUGUUUGUUGAUGUGCACUGUCAACUGUACAACAAAUGAGUUAUCACUAUGCAGAAUGGUGUUUUGUAUACAGUGAACAGAUAAUAAAAGUUCAGUUUUCACAGCCAUUA